AUCUCUGGGUGGACGGUUCCAGUUAUUAGACCAGUCUUAUCUUGGUGUAUGUUGGUAGGGUCUGGCAUACUCUGGUGGCAGAAGGUACCUGGUGUCUACUGGUCUAGUAGGUAGAGUUCUGUCAGUCAGUGUUGGUUGAGUUCUGUCAGUCGGUGUUGGUUGAGUUCUGUCAGUCGGUGUUUGGUCGAGCUACAAGCAACAGGAUACCAUGGGCGUGGAACUGGAUAUGGUGAACCGUGACCCUAACGGUCUCAACGAUCACGUCAGGGUCCUAUUUGACGAGGUAAUCGCAGAGCCUGAUGGUGCCCACUCCAUCAACUGUGUCUGGACCUGUGCCUACCGCUGCUUCGAGUGCUGCAAGGGCUGCUGCUACAAGCUGCUCACCCUGCUGUGCGGCUGUCCCCUGGCCAUGUGCUGGGGCUGCCAGUUUGGCUGCAUCACCUUCUCGCAUAUCUGGCACAUCACCCCCUGCAUGCGGAUGUUCAUGAUCAACUGUGGCUGUCUGCAGAAGUUCUACGGCACCUGUCUACAAUGUUACCUCCAGCCUCUCUGUGAGGCUUUCAGCUUCCUGUUUAGUAACAUCCGGGUCUCCAAUGUCUCCGGUUAGCUUAGAUCUGAAGAACUUCAAGCAGUUACUUAUUAAUUAAACACUGGAAGGAUGCUUGUAUUUUGUAAUGUCUAUUUACCAGAUAUUAGUUUUGAAAAUUGCCUUUGAGUAUAAACACAUUUUUCAUAGGUUAAUGUUUGACCAAAAACCAUUUUUAUUUGAUGGGAAUAGUACAAGAUCUAGUGUUAAAAAAAUGGCAUAAAACAUUUAUUUGAUAUGGAAAAGAAUAAAAACAAAAUCUUUAUUUAUUCUUUAUUUCAAAUCAUGAUUACAAGUAUAACAUAAUAAAUGCUAAAAGUAUUGUUAUAAAGUACACAUCCAAUAAACUAGAUCUAACAAGAUAUAUUUGAUAGACACAAGUGAUCUUUUAAGGUGAAGGUCUAUUUCAGUCUGGUUAAGUUUUGAAUCCAUCAGGGUAGACAUUUUCUUCUCUAAGAGAUUUUUUUCCCACACUUUUUGUGUAAAAGAUUGAUUGUGAUAAUUUUAUGAAAAUUUGUAAAUUUACAUAUAAUACAAUUUUCAACUUUACAUUUAGUAAAAUCUCCAACUACAUGUAAUAAAUACAUUUUAUUUUGUA